AUGUCGCCCGAGGAAGGGUGCUCGUUUAUGUCUAAGCUUCUGUUCGGUUGGAUGAACGAGGUUAUGAGUAUUGGCUAUUCGCGACCGAUACAGGAGAACGAUAUCCCGCUCGUACCCCCCUCUCGUACCGCGCACGCGAUGACCGAAAAGUUCCUCGAAAACUUCAGGAAGCGCUGUGCCGAAGUCGAGGCUGCUUCCGCGUCUGGGCAGAAAGGCAAGCUCGUGCGGAUUAAAGAGAAAAGUCUCGUGUUUUUGGCGCUCCACGAUACCUUUAAAUUUGACUUUUGGGCCGGGUUUGUGCAUCGCAAUGUCGUCGAUAUCGUGCAGAUGACUUCGCCGCAGCUGUCGAGGAAGGUCAUUUAUUGGGUCUCGGACAAGUACGUUUAUGGCACCGGGAACAAGGGACGAGGAAUUGGCUAUGUCAUCGGUCUCGUCGCGAUGCUUAUCGUGGCGUGCUUUUGCCAGCAGCAAUACUUUUACGCGACCUCUCGAUUCGGAUCACACUCGCGAACGGUGCUCAUCAACGCGCUUUACCAAAAGUCACUGGUCCUGUCAAACAAAGAGCGGCUCGAGUUUACAAACGGAAAGAUCACAAACUUGAUGUCGACAGACACCUACCGGAUCGAGUUCGCGUCGAUGUUUUUCCAUCAUCUGAGUAACUUCCCCGUGCCGAUCAUUAUCUGCGUCGUGCUUUUGUUGGUGAAUAUCGGGUAUCCGUCGCUGGUCGGAAUCGCGCUCUUGUUUGGCGCCAUGCCGUUCCUUGCCAUAGCCACGCGCACGAUCGCCCUCCGCCGCAUCAAGUCUACGAUUUUCACCGAUCAACGCAUUCGUCUUACGCAGGAGCUUUUGACAUCCAUGCGCGUGGUCAAGCUGUUUGCCUGGGAAAACGCGUAUUUGCAAAAACUGGCCACUGUCCGACUAAAAGAGAUCAAGAUCGUGCGCUAUCUGCUCACUCUUCGGUCCGGCUUGUUUGCAGUCUCGAUGACGGUCCCUAUCUUUUCGUCCAUGAUUGCGUUCGUCGUCUUGUCUGUCACAGGCCAUCUCAUGGACGCCGCCAAGGUCUUUGCCAGUCUCUCGCUUUUCAACAUGCUGCGCAUGCCACUCAUGCUGAUCCCCAUCGCGCUCAGCACCUCUUCCGACGCCUACGUUGCGUGCGGCCGCAUCCAGGCCAUGCUCGUCGCGGGCGAGCUCGAAGACGCGAUCACCGCGGACGAGAGCCUGGACUGCGCGCUGCUGGUUGAGCGGGCGUCGUUCAUGUGGGAGGAAGAUCCGGAGGCGUAUCAGCGCCGGAUCGAGGAGGAGAAGAUCGCGGCCGAGAAGAGAAAGAAAGAGGUUCCGCGCGCGGGACCGCCUGGGUUUGGACCUCCACCUGGCGGGCCACCGGGAAAGAAGAACAAGAAGGAGAAGGAGAAGAAGAAGGCGGGCGGUGGGCGGCGACGGGGAUUUUGGUCGCGAAAGUCAAAGAAGACGACCGAUCCCGAGAAGGAGCUGGAGGAGAACGCGAACGCGCUGAGUCGGGUGGUGUCGAUUGAGUCUGCGCAUGUUAUAGGCGCGGACGCGGACGCGGACGAGGAGCGCGCAAAUCUCGACGAGUUGAUUGAGGAAGACGACGGCGGGAACGAAGACACCGGCGACAAGUUCACUGGCUUGCAUGAUAUCGACUUCCGAAUCGAGCGAGGCGAGCUAAUUGUGAUUACGGGCUUCAUUGGAUCCGGCAAGACGUCGCUUUUGGCGUCGCUUGUGGGCGAGAUGCGGCAGACGGGAGGAUCGGUGAAGAUUGGCGGGAAGAUUGCGUACUGCCCGCAGCCGUGGAUCCAGAACAGCACGUUGCGCGAGAAUAUUUUGUUUGGACGGGAGUACGAUGAGGACAAGUACAAGCAGAUCUUGAAGGCGUGCGCGCUGGAGCACGACGUCGAGGUUCUGCCGGCUGGCGACCAGACCGAGAUUGGCGAGCGGGGGAUUAAUAUUUCGGGAGGGCAAAAGGCGCGGAUUUCGCUCGCGCGAGCGGCGUACUUUGAGUCCGAUAUCGUGAUUCUGGACGACGUGCUGUCGGCUGUGGAUCCGCACGUCGGCCGGACGCUGGUGGAUGGGUGUAUCUGUGGGCUGCUGGGCGGGAAGACGCGGUUGCUGGCUACGCAUCAGCUUCAUGUUUUGCCAAAGGCGGAUCGGAUUAUUUAUAUGAAUGGUAAGGGAGGGUGCGUGAUUGGGACUUAUGAGGAGUUGAAGGCGUCGGUUCCUGAGUUUGCUGAGUUGACGACUUAUGGUUCUGUUCAGAAGAACGAGGAGGAGGAAGAGGAGGAGGAGAAGGAGGAGGAGGAAUUGCCGCCUCAGGUGCUGGUGAAGGCCGCAGAGGUAGAAGAUGAGGCCGCAGAGGUAGAAGACGGCGAAGAAGCAACUGAGGCAGCAGCCGCCAAGACCAAGAAAGCAGGCAAGCUGAUGCGGAAAGAAGAACGCAACACCGACAGCGUCUCGUUCGAGGUCUAUCGCGAGUACUUCAAGUUAGCGGGCGGGCCUGUUCUUGGGUGGGGUGUUGCGCCGCUUGUUACUGCGUUUGCGGGGUUGGUUGCCGGGUUGCAGAUUGUGACGAAUCUGUGGCUUUCGUAUUGGACUUCGGAUAGGUUUGAUCGGUCGAAUGGGUUCUAUAUUGGGAUCUAUGUCAUGCUUGGAAUGGUUUGCACGAUUUUCUUUUUCCUUCUCGGAUGGGCUACCACGAUUGCUGGAUCCCGGGCGUCGGUAAAGAUGAAUCUGAAGGCCACAGAGAAAGUGAUGAGCGCGCCAAUGUCGUUUUUCGACACAAACCCGAUCGGGCGAAUCAUCAACAGAUUCUCAAACGACGUCGAAUCGAUGGACAACACGCUGACGGAUGCAUAUCGGCAAUACCUGAUUUCGGUGACAAACAUCAUUGGAGUGCUCGUGCUGAUUAUCGCGUAUCUUUAUUGGUUUGCGAUCGCGCUGGUGCCGAUGGUUGCGCUUUAUAUUCUGUCGACGGCGUAUUACCGCGCGUCGGCGGUGGAGCUGAAGCGGUUGGACUCGAACUCGCGGUCGACGGUGUUUUCGCAUUUCUCGGAGACGUUGACGGGGUUGACGUCGGUGCGAGCGUAUAAUGAGCAAGAGCGGUUUAAGGCGCGGAUGGAGAAACAGCUCGACUACAUGAACCGGUUUUCGUUUAUGAUUCUGGGGAACCAGCGGUGGCUGUCUGUGCGGAUCGAGUCGAUUGCGGUAGCGCUUGUGCUGAUCGUCGGACUUUUGGCGAUCUUGGUGCAUUUCUCGAGUCUGUCGGCGUCGAGUAUCGGGCUCGUGCUGUCGUACUGUAUCACGCUUGCGAUGCAGCUCGCGAUGGUGAUCAAGCAGCUCGCGGACGUGGAGAACCAUAUGAACGCGGCGGAGCGGGUGUAUCAUUACAUGGCCAAGUUGCCGAGCGAGGCGCCGUACGAGAUUCCCGAGACGAAGCCGGCGGAGUCGUGGCCGGAGAAGGGCGCGAUCGAGAUCAAGGACGUGUAUUUGAGGUACAGACCUGGGUUGCCGUAUGUGCUUAAGGGGCUCUCGCUGUCGAUUCAGGGGGGCGAGAAGGUUGGAAUCUGCGGACGCACGGGAGCCGGGAAGUCGUCGAUUAUGGUCGCGCUGUACCGGUUAGCUGAGAUCUCGAAGGGUCAGUUCCUUAUUGACGGAGUGGAUAUUUCAAAGAUUGGGCUUCACGAUCUACGGUCGAAGCUUGCGAUUAUCCCGCAGGACCCGGUUUUGUUUCGAGGCACGAUCCGAUCUAACCUCGACCCGUUCAACCACUACUCGGACGCGCAGCUAUGGGACGCGCUGCGGCGGUCGGGUCUGCUGGGCGACGCGGACUCGGCGGACGAGUAUAAUGAGAAGAACGGACAGCAAGGCGGGCAGGGUAUCGGGAAGUUCCAUCUCGACCAGGCGGUUGACGACGAAGGUCUUAAUUUCUCGCUCGGCGAGCGGCAGCUGCUUGCGCUUGCACGCGCGCUGGUGCGGAAUUUCCAGAUUUUGGUGUUGGACGAAGCAACCUCGUCGGUUGACUACCAGACCGACGCGAAGAUCCAGCAGGUGAUUGUGCGAGAAUUCAGCCAUUGCACGAUUCUGUGCAUUGCGCACCGGUUGAAGACGAUUAUCGGGUACGACAAGAUUCUUGUGCUGGACGGGGGGAAGGUUGCGGAGUUUGGGCCGCCGAGGGAGUUGUUUGGGAUGGAUGACGGGAUUUUCCGGGCGAUGUGCACGAAGAGCGGGAUCCAGGAUGAGGAUUUUGAGGUUGCAAGGAGGUUGCUGUGA